CCAGAUGAACACUCUGAGCCUCUCUGGUAUUCUUCUCUUGUCCGGUUCGUGUCCGGUUUCUUUUCUUUACCCUGCAAACACAGAAGCUCUUUAUGAAGUCCAUGUGCACGGGGACACGGUGAUUAAAAUCCUCAGGCUGAGCGUGUCUGAAUGAAGGCACAUGUGGCGCUUACGCACGCGUGACGCAAGUCCCGCCCCUUUACCUGAGAGACGCGCACCUGGAUCCAACGACGCGGAAGUCUUGCUGAGAUGACUACACUUUGACAUCGCCGUGGUCAACACUUCUACUGUGGGAGCUAAAAACUCUUUUGGAUAUGAACUUAAACGAUAUUUAAACGCAAUCGGUUUGACAGGCGGUGAUGUUACGCACGGGGUGUGUGUCAGGUGAAGCAUUGUUUCUCACACUCUGAGUGCCGGCUUCGCCUCAAAAGAAUGACGUUCUUCCGCAGGCUUCUGCGCAGACGACUGCACCCGUGGAAGCUGGCCAUAGUGGCGCUGGUGUUCGUGACGUUCCUGUUUCUGAUGCAGCGAGAGGUGGUCAGUCAGAACCCCCAGGACGAACCCUGGCUCAAAGAGAUUGUGGAGAAACGAGACGGCGUUCUUGAGAUGGUCAUGGGGGCGGUGAAUAACCUCCGGGACGCUAUGCCCAAAAUGCAGAUAAAAGCUCCGGUGAGGAAGCAGGAGAGCCAGGGCAGUCUGGGCUGUCUGUCCGGAUACUACACGGCUGCUGAGCUCCGACCGGUCCUUGAAAGACCACCGCAAAACCCCACUGCCCCAGGGGCUUCUGGGAAGGCUUUUCACACUGACAAUCUGAGCUCGUCGGAGCAAAAAGAAAAGGAGAGGGGAGAAGAGAAGCACUGCUUCAACUUGUACGCCAGCGAUCGGAUCUCGCUCAGCAGAGACCUCGGCGCUGACACGAGACCUCCAGAAUGCAUCGAGCAGACAUUCAGACGCUGUCCACCCCUGCCGACCACAAGUGUGAUCAUCGUCUUCCACAACGAGGCGUGGAGCACAUUACUGCGCACCGUCUACAGCGUCCUGCACACCUCCCCUGCGCUGCUCCUCAAAGAAAUCAUCCUCGUGGAUGACGCCAGCGCUGACGAGCGACUACAGGACGAACUGGACGAGUAUCUGAAACAGCUGCACAUCGUUCGCGUGGUCCGUCAGCAGGAACGUAAAGGCCUGAUCACUGCGAGGCUCCUCGGGGCCUCCGUGGCCUCGGGCGAAACCCUCACCUUCCUGGAUGCCCACUGUGAAUGUUUCCACGGAUGGCUUGAGCCGCUGCUGGCCAGGAUAGCGGAGAACUCCACCGCCGUAGUGAGUCCUGACAUCACCACCAUCGACCUGAACACAUUUGAGUUCAUGAAACCCUCACCGUACGGACAGCAUCAUAACCGGGGGAAUUUUGACUGGGGCCUUUCCUUUGGUUGGGAGACCCUUCCGGAUCAUGAGAAACGGAGACGCAAAGAUGAGACGUACCCUAUUAAGACGCCAACGUUCGCAGGGGGACUGUUCUCCAUUUCCAGAGAUUAUUUCUACCAUGUAGGAAGCUAUGACGAGGAGAUGGAGAUUUGGGGAGGAGAAAAUAUUGAAAUGUCCUUCAGGGUUUGGCAGUGUGGAGGGCAGCUAGAAAUCAUCCCCUGUUCAGUGGUGGGCCACGUGUUUCGCACAAAGAGUCCGCACACCUUCCCUAAAGGCACGCAGGUGAUCGCUCGCAACCAGGUGCGUCUGGCUGAGGUCUGGAUGGACGACUAUAAAGAGAUCUUCUACCGGAGGAACCAGCAGGCCGCUCAGAUCGCCAAAGAGCGCUCUUUUGGAGACGUCUCAAAGCGUGUAGGUCUCCGGGACAGACUCCAGUGUAAGAGCUUUUCCUGGUAUUUGAAGAACGUCUAUCCGGAGGUCUUCAUGCCCGAUCUCAGUCCGCUGCAGUUUGGUGCGAUAAAGAACGUGGGGAAGGAGGCCUGCUUGGACGCGGGAGAGAGUAAUGAGGGAGGGAAGCCUCUCAUUAUGUACCCCUGCCACGGGAUGGGAGGAAACCAGUAUUUCGAGUACUCGACCCAUCAUGAGAUCAGACACAAUAUUCAGAAGGAGCUCUGUUUGCACGGGACGGAUGGAGUCGUCAAAUUAGAGGAGUGCCAGUAUAAAGGUCACAACACCAUCACAGGACCUCAGCAGAGAUGGGAGCUCAGAGAGGAUCAGCUGUUCUAUAACAAGGGCUCAAAACAGUGCCUGACCGCUCGACAUGAGAACCCCUCUCUAGUGCCCUGCAGUCCAGCUGACAAGUACCAGCUCUGGGUCUUCACAUGAACGGCGGAACCAGUGACACACACACACACACACACACACACACACACACACACACACACACUCUCAGGGUCCAAAACUUAACUUCUUGCCACAGCUGCCAAUGAAUUCAGAAAAGUUUACAUGCCAAAAUGAUUUCUUACUGGCCAUGAAAAUGUAGUUUUUUUUCUAUAAAAAUACAUUGACAAUUAAAUACAUAGCAUAUUGGUUUGUAAUCUAGAAUUUUUUAUUUUAUUUUAUUUUUACCAGGAAUUUCACUAUUUAAAACAGUUUAAAUAAUUUAAAUGGAUUUUAAAUAAUGCCGUCUGAUUGCGCCAACAAAAGCAUGAGCAUAAAACACAAGAUAUUGUUAAUCGUUAAUAUCUCUACACUCUUAAAAAUGAAGCUUCCAAAAGGAUGUUGUUGCAGUGAUGCCAUAGAAGAACAUUUUUUAGUUACCAGAAUAACUUUUCAGUGAACAGUUUUUAAAAGAUCUAUUUUGAAUAACAUUUAAAAAAUCUAAAGAACCUUUUUCAACUAUAAAGAACAUCUUCUGCAUUUGAAAGGUUCCAUGGAUGUUCAGGGUUCUUCACAGAACCAUAGAUGCCAAUAGAGAACCCUUAUUUGUAUGAGUGUGUAUGAAUAUAUUUCUACUCUUGCACAGUAAAGGCUGUUCAAUAGAAUUUGUUUAGUUGAAAAAGUUUCAGUUAAAAUGAGUCUUUUUAAUUAGAUUUGAAGCGCUUUAUCCGAUUGAUUUGGUAUUGGAUGGUUUAUAAGUAUAUUUGGGAAUUACUUAAAAAUAUGUUAAAACAAAGAUGCCAAAAAUUUUAAUGUAAGGGGGCCAAAUAUCUAACUUGAUUGAGGGCUAAAAGUAAAUGGUGCGGGAUAUCCAACUAUAUUGUAUUAAAAUGUUACAUUUUUAAGUAAAGAAAAAAAUAAAUUAUUAGUUUUUUUUUUUAAUCCUCAAAUUCACUUUGUCUUUUUUUAUUCCAAUGCAAAUAUAAAUCAAACAACA